AUGAUUGUAAAUAUCAUAAAACUUUUAAUAAAAGGAAUUUUCAAAUAUAUACUUCCUAUUCUCUUUACUUUAUUCAUUAUUUAUUAAUGGCCAAAUCUGAAUGCUAAUUAGGCAAGAAUAUUACUGAGUAUUUAUGUAUUGUUGAUUGUAAGAGUGGAGAAUUGUUUUGCAUUUUAUAGGUCUUCUAUUUAUUAUAUGUAGAUUUUAUAAACAGAAAAGUAUAUUUGAAUAUGAAAUGACAAUUUUUUUGUCAACUGUGAAAGUUGUAAAUUCAUUCUAAGUAUAAACUUCUAAUGGAUCAAUAUAUAUAAUAGUAUAAAUAAAAUAUAAAAUUAUAUAUUAAUUGAUUAAACAAUACAAUAUACAAUUAAUAGAUUUGUGAAUGGAUAUUCGAUUUAUUUUUACUAUGUAAUGCUCUUUGUUAUGCAAUCUCUUUUUUUACUAUUAUCAUCUUUGUAUUUAUUAUGAUAUUUGGACUUAUCAGAGGAAACUUCCCUUCUUUCAAUCUCGGCUUAUCUCCAGAAGAGUUAUAAAAAUUAACUAGAAAACCAUGGAUUGAAUAUUAAGUAAUAUACUAAGAAGAUUGUCCUAUAUGUUUAUGUUAAUUAGAAUAAAUGGAAAUUGUGGCCUAAUUGCCUAAAUGUAAUCAUUAUUUUCAUGAUACUUGUAUUGAUGAAUGGCUUAAUGAAAAACCUUUAUGUCCAUCUUGUAGAAAUAAUGUGAGAAUGGCAUUACUAAAUGAUUGA